AUUUAAACAAAUUUGACAAAAUGCCAUGCACAAAAAUGUAUUGGAAGGGAUUUAACAGGAUCCCCGAUAUACGUACAAAGAUACGACUGACAUUAAUGACCUCAGUGACGUCUUGUGAGAAGUAUUUGGUUACAUUUAUGUGGUGUGAGCGAACGAAACGCGGAAACAAGCAGUAUUUAUUUACAAAUGUGGAGUGAGGAAACUUGUUGUACAGCCUCGUUCGCACCUACAGGAAAACCAUGAGAUGCGAGGAGACACAUGCCCUUAUAUGGGUUUUGACAUUGAGCUGCAAUCUCUGCUUAAUCACAGCAUUUUGUGAGAGGCGUUGCAGUCAGUAUCCUAACAACGAGAAACAAUUCGAGUUCAAGUGUAGGAGGAGGACUUCUAUGUUUUACGUCGAUGUAAGGAGCUCAAACACGACCAAUGGAAACUGUGGUGGUGUGGUCACGUGCUCCGGUCUGCAACCGGAAGUUCUGAGAGCAGUAGCUGAAUCGUGUUACUGGAAUCCUAAGUGCAAGUUCCCCCUCAACAAGGAUCAGCCAAAUAUACUCAACAUCAAUGGAAACUGUGUAAACGUCCGACCACGUGUGCUCCACGCCAGGGCCUUGUGUGUGCGAAGAAAUAAAAUCUUGCAAUCUCCUCAGAGCAGACUGACGAAGAAGGAUGGGGUCAUCAGAUCGCAUCAGAAUUUCCCAUGGGAUUACCCAUCCACACAGUCAUACCAACAAACGGUCUUUAUUGCAAAGCCACGUAAAAAGCUUCGGAUCACUUUUCUAGCUGCUGAAGUUGACACUACAUCGGACAUAAUAUUUUUCAUGAAUGGAACGUCACAGGUCAACGUGACCGGCAGCGACAUUAACAACAAUUUCGAGUUCCCGAGCGGCGACGUGACGUUAGUGUUUAGCGUUGGCUCCACGUCAAGACUUGGGAAGGGCUUUCUUCUUUGUUUUGUAUGGUUGAAAAACAGUUUCCCGGACGCGCGCCGCCAUGCUUGUGACCUUGUGAGAGGUGUCAAAUGUUUGUCCGGAACUGUGAAGGCGCAGUCACGGGGGUGACCUUGGAUCUAGACGGAAUGACGUUGUUAUACUAACGUGCUUCACAGAACAGGAACGGCAGGAACUCUCUCCAGUGGCAAGAUUGUCGUCACCGCGUCCCUUGACCUUGAAAAAUUUCAUGUAUGUAAUCAUUGUUUGUUAUGGGUACUCCAGGUGAAAUUGUAGAUAAAUAAUAAAUAUAAAACCCCGGAAUGUAAA